GCGGGGAGACCCCGGCGGAGCGGCUGGUGAAUGGGGAGCAGCCGCCGGUGGUGCGGCACAGAGAGAGAAGAGGGAGAAGGAGGGAGAGAGAGAGAGGGAGAGAGGGGGAGAGGGGAGGCGCGGAGUCACCGACACCGGGAGACCGCGGGGAACGGCUCCGGCAAUGGAGGACGGGUUCCCGGGUUACAGCGGCGGCCUCUACGACACCUCCUCACUGCUGCAGUUCUGCAACGAUGAUAGUGCCUCUGCAGCCAGUAGCAUGGAGGUCACUGAUCGGGUUGCUUCUCUGGAGCAGCGAGUCCAGAUGCAGGAGGAUGAGAUCCAGCUGUUGAAGUCGGCGUUGGCUGAUGUAGUCCGACGCCUGAAUGUUUCUGAGGAGCAACAGGCCAUGCUCACCAGAAAAGGACCUACCAAAGCAAGACCCUUAGUGCAAGCUCUACCAUUACGGCCUACAGUUAACAAUGGAACUGUACUACCAAAGAAAGGAAGUGGCUCUCUACCAUCUCCAUCUGGUGUUCGGAAGGAUAACACAUCACCAGCAACCAAAAGUGGUGUGAAGAGAAGCAACUCCUCUGAUCGGGUGCCACCAGCCGCUCGCCGAGAGAGCUUUGGAGAUUCCAAAAACGUCAGGACCCGUACGGGAUCGACCAGCAGUGGUUCGAGCGGGAAGAAGACCAGUGAUAGCAAAUCCAAGGAACCUCUCUUCAAUGCAGGGAAGCGCCGUGUGACAUACUGCCAAGAAGAGGGAUAUGUGAAAAUGUUUCUGCGAGGUCGACCGAUCACCAUGUACAUGCCCCAGGAACUUAGGGAAACUUAUAGCUUGGAAGAUAAAGCUGAACUCCCAUCCAAAAAGCUGAAGCUGGACUGGGUUUACGGUUACCGAGGACGAGAUUGCCGCUGUAACCUCUACCUGUUACCUACUGGGGAGAUUGUAUAUUUCAUUGCAUCCGUGGUCGUAUUGUACAAUGUGGAGGAACAGCUUCAGAGGCAUUACACUGGCCACAAUGAUGAUGUCAAGUGCCUUGCUGUCCACCCUGACAGGAUCACCAUAGCAACGGGCCAGGUUGCAGGGAUAACCAAGGAUGGAAACCAAGCAGCUCCUCAUAUUCGAAUCUGGGAUUCUGUAAGCUUGAACACAAUGCACAUCAUUGGAACCGGGUUCUUUGAUCGGGCAGUCUGCUGCCUCGCCUUCUCAAAAUUCAACGGAGGUUCCUUCUUGUGUGCAGUGGAUGACUCCAAUGACCAUGUCCUUUCCGUGUGGGACUGGCAGAAAGCAGAAAAAAUGGCUGAUAUUAAGUGUUCUAACGAGCCAGUAUUUGGAGCAGAUUUCCAUCCAACAGAGACCAACAUCAUUGUCACCUGUGGCAAAUCACACAUUUACUUCUGGACACUUGAAGGAGGGUCUUUUUCAAAGAAGCAAGGAUUAUUUGAGAAACACGAGAAACCAAAGUUUGUGUUGUGUGUGACCUUUGCUGAAAACGGCGACACAAUAACUGGUGAUUCGAGUGGAAAUAUUUUGGUUUGGGGAAAAGGUACCAACCGGAUUAGUUAUGCUAUUCAGGGAGCUCACGAGGGAGGUAUUUUUGCACUUUGCAUGUUGAGGGACGGCACGCUGGUAUCUGGUGGAGGGAAAGACCGUAAACUCAUCUCCUGGGACCGGAAUUUCCAGAAGAUGCAAGAAACCGAGGUUCCUGAACAGUUUGGCCCAGUGAGGACAGUCACUGACGAGAGGGGAGAAGUUUUGCUCAUUGGCACAACGAGGAAUUUCAUCCUACAAGGCACUUUAUCUGGGGACUUUCACCCAAUCACCCAGGGUCACACCGAUGAACUGUGGGGUUUAGCAACCCAUCCAAACAAGGAACAAUUCCUAACAUGCGGGCAUGACAAGCAUAUUACUCUCUGGGAUGCCCUCGCUCAUCAACCUAUAUGGAGCAAAAUCAUAGAGGACCCGGCUCAGUCUGCUGGUUUCCAUCCAUCAGGCUCCGUGGUUGCUAUAGGAACGCAAACUGGAAGAUGGCUUGUUCUGGAGACAGAGACCAAGGAUCUGGUGACCGUUCACACAGAUGGUAACGAGCAGCUCUCAGUCAUGCGCUAUUCACCAGAGGGAAACUAUCUAGCUAUUGGCUCUCAUGACAACUACAUUUACAUCUACACAGUCAAUGAGAAUGGCAGAAAAUACAGCCGUGUUGGUAAAUGCUCAGGUCACUCUAGUUUUAUCACGCAUCUAGACUGGUCGAUUGAUUCUCAAUAUUUAAUAUCCAAUUCUGGGGACUACGAAAUCCUUUACUGGAUGCCUUCAGUCUGCAAGCAAGUGGUCAGUGUUGAAAACGUAAGGGAUGCGGAUUGGGCCACCUAUACCUGCACGCUAGGAUUCAAUGUAUUUGGUGUUUGGCCUGAGGGUUCAGAUGGAACUGACAUCAAUGCUCUGUGCAGAUCCUAUGACAAAAAGAUUCUGACUACAGGAGAUGAUUUUGGCAAAGUCCAUCUGUUUUCAUCUCCAUGCACACAGGCUAGGGCUCCAAGUCACACGUACGGAGGGCACAGCAGCCAUGUCACCAAUGUAAACUUCCUGCACAAUGACAGUCAGCUGAUCUCCACUGGUGGGAAGGACAUGAGUGUGAUGCAGUGGAAGGUGAUUUAAAACUGACCCCUUUAACAUGGAAUUUGCUUUGGACGUCACAGCCAAUACGGUAUAACAUUAAAAUGGGAAUGAAUUUUUGCCGGGAGUUUUAAACUGCAUCCAAGAACAAGCGAAGUUCCUGCGCUUUUGCAGUCUAUCUUUGGCAUUUGUGUUCAAAUGUCAAUUUUAUUCAAACCUCAGGAAACUAAAGCCUCUGCAAAGUUAUUGGUGCAUGGUGUGGUUUGUGACUGCUUUAGCAGUUUCUUCUGAUUAUUUUAGAAAAUAAAGACAGACUUGCUCCUGGUUUUUACUGGCUCGAAUAAUGUGUUUCUCUGUGGUAAAGUGAGGGUAUAUCUGUAUACUAAUGUACAGUAUUGUUUAUACGUUUAUCCCCCAACAUAAUGUCUGUAAACACAAAAAAUGUCAUUUUAAACGUUAAGGAUAAGCUGUAAAAAUGAACUGUUUACUAUCAAUGCUGUGUGCACUAAACUUGUACUGAAAGCCUUUAGCAGAUAUUGUGUAUAAUAAUGUCUUAAAUCUAUGUUGCGGUCUGUUUUGUAUCUACGUGUCAGUCCGUUACUAAAGCAUGGGGAGACUGACUCCAGUUGUCCUGCUGGUUGGAAUUGCUUUGUAGAUUCCCCUCUCCCCUUCCCUCCCACCACCACCCCUCCACCCCUCCCCCUUACCUCCCUCCCUCCCCACAUUCUCCUCUUCCCAGGAGUUAAGCCUUGAGAAACAGUUGACUUAUAGUUUCACUAAAGGAAUGCUGCCGAAUGCACUCUUAAGCCUGCAGAGGCCAAUGUCACUGAGACACAAGUCUGCACAUCUAUGAUUGUGUGACUUCAAGUCUCUCUCCCACAACCCCGGCAAUAGAUCAAGUGCAUCGAUGUUUUCCCAGUGUAAACGGAAUGGCAGGCUGCUUGUGCUGAAAAAGCAGGACAGGUGCAAGAACAGGCUGGCUGGUGAAACAGCUCCAGUUUUCAGCAGGUUUACGAAAUGUCCAGUUUACUUUCAGAAUGCCUGUAGAGAUUUUGAGAUGGUACAUUCUUCGACAACACUAAGGUUCAAGCACUUGUUUUGUGACUGACCGAAAGUAAAUUAAAACUGCUGAAAGGUACUGAUGUGAAUAUGUGUGUAUGUUUACUUUCCUUUCCCUCACCUACAAUGAAGUAAACAGUAAUUAUUAAAGUGUAACCUUGUUUAAACUUCUGUUUAUCUGCUUUGGGUGUACAUCUUUUGUAACUGUAUAUUAAUUAAACACAAUUACA